AGACGAUAUUAUAGUAUAUUAGUAUCAUCAAGUAAGGUAACUUGAGAGAUAUUCAAGUCCAAUAAACUUCUACAGCAGGUGGGAAAUUCAAUUGCAAAUAUUCCAAGGUCCGUGAAAAAAAGUGAUAAAUUAUUGACUGUUGGUAUAUAAUAACCAAACCAAGUUUAAAUUAUACCGCAAACAAGUGCUAUUUGUUAAUACAAUGUAUGACAAGUUGUGAUAGUGUUUUGUGAUUGGUUUUUACUCUAUAUUUAAACACAAAAAGAUGGCUACUAAGUUUUUUAAAGGUCUGACACGUCGAAAAACUGAUUCCGAUGGAUCUGGAAGUGAGAUGGCGAGGUGUUUAAACCUCUUGGACUUGACAGCUCUAGGUGUAGGAUCUACUCUAGGUCUUGGAGUGUACGUAUUGGCCGGAUCUGUCGCCAAAACCGUCGCCGGACCCGCAGUUUGUUUAUCCUUUCUAGUUGCGGCAGUCGCCAGCGCUUUCGCAGGAGUCUGUUAUGCGGAAUUUGCAGCUAGAGUGCCGAAAGCCGGCUCAGCUUACGUUUACAGCUACGUUAGUGUAGGGGAAUUCAUAGCUUUUGUUAUAGGAUGGAACUUAAUAUUGGAAUAUGUUAUUGGUACGGCUAGUGUGGCUCGUGGUUUAAGCAAUUACAUAGAUGCCCUGACUAAUAAUACUAUCAGGGACCAUUUUGAAGAAUGGGUCCCAAUGAAUGUUAACUACCUAAGCCCGUAUCCUGAUUUUCUUUCCUUCGGAUUGGUAUUACUUUUGACAUGUUUACUGGCAUUUGGUGUGAAGGAGUCUUCAAUGUUAAAUAAUGCCUUUACGGUAUUAAAUUUAGUUACCAUUUGUAUAGUGCUUGUGUCUGGAUCAAUAAAAGCGGAUGUCAACAACUGGAAACUAACCGAUGUUCCUGAUGGUUAUGGUGUGGGUGGAUUUAUGCCCUAUGGCAUAUCUGGAGUCAUGGCUGGAGCGGCAAAAUGCUUUUACGGUUUCGUGGGUUUCGACGCCGUCGCUACCACUGGAGAGGAAGCGAAGAAUCCGCAAAAAGACAUCCCCCUGGCUAUUGUAAUCAGCUUGUUUGUAAUUUUCAGCGCUUAUUUUGGAAUAUCAACUGUUCUGACAAUGAUGUGGCCAUACUAUGACCAAGAUGCAGAUGCUCCUUUUCCACAUGUGUUUCAACAAGUUGGCUGGAUAACUAUCAAGUGGAUCGUUACCAUUGGAGCUAUUUUCGCUCUAUGUACCAGUCUGCUGGGAGCUAUGUUUCCUUUACCUAGAGUCAUAUAUGCCAUGGCACAGGACGGUAUUGUAUUCAAAGUGCUCGGUAAAGUGAACAGCUGGACACAAACGCCAUUAAUUGCUACCAUAUUAUCUGGAUUCUUCGCAGGUAUUAUGGCAAUGUUUUUUGACCUAAAUCAACUCAUCGACAUGAUGUCAAUAGGAACACUACUAGCCUAUACAAUUGUAGCAGUAUGUGUUUUAAUUUUAAGAUAUCAAGUGGACGAGACUCAAGUAAUCAAAAGUCUAGAAAAAGAUACUUCCCAGUACUAUCAGCCAACCCUCUACAACACAUUCAAAGAAAUGUUCAAUUUGAAUAACAAUAAAGUACCCAAUUCCAGAACGUCCAGAAUAACCAACUGGAGUAUAGCAGUAUACAGUAUAUUUACAAUGCUCUUUGCUGCUAUAAUUAUUAAUGUUCCUCACAUUAUGUUUAAAGAGCCGUUUUAUUUGACUGGAUUUGUCGUUAGUCUUUUGGCCAUGAUAGUAAUUAUGAUUGUCAUUGCUCGACAACCUGUAGUUGACACAAAAUUGUCAUUUAAGGUUCCUCUGGUACCAUUUGUACCCUGCAUAAGCGUCUUCUCCAACCUGUACCUUAUGUUACAGUUGGAUCUUGAAACAUGGAUCCGAUUUGUUGUCUGGCUUUUCAUUGGUUUUUUAAUAUACUUUCUGUACGGUAUGAAAAAUAGCGUUGAGGGAGAAAAAAGAAAGAUAGAACAUCUGCAAAUGCUUGCUAAACGAAAAAGUAUCGAAAAAGAUAACAAGGAUAGAUUUGCACCUCUACCUCAGUAAAAUGACUUCAUAACUUUGACAACAAAAACUGAAUCCCAUUAGAAUUUAUACUUGUAACAUUUUCUAAUUUAAUUUUAAGUUCUAGAAUUAAGUAUCUAAAAAAAUCUAUGAUUUUUUUAUAAUACGCUAAACUGUAUCAUAACCAUUUAUCACAAUGGUGUACUACAUACUUAAUAACUAUAUGUGAUAUAAGGUACUUAGUUAAUGACCAAUAUUUUCAAUGUUAAGGCAUAUUUCAAUGCUGAAUGAUAUAACAAAUCUUUUGAUAUUGAAAUAUGAAUAUUGGAAAAAUCAUCUACUACCAAUACUACUGUGAUACAAUUCGUAACUUAUUCAUUUUAUUUGUGACCUUUAUUGUAGGCGAAGCGAUAUUUUUGUAUUGUUUUUUAAAAUAAAAGUUGAUUAUAAAUAUCACAACUGAAGUUUUACAAUUUUAUUCUAACGAGUUAAAAAACAAUAACAACUUGCAAUUUAUAAAAAUGUUUUGUUUAAUUAUUUUUAUGUUAGUUAUUUGCUUGAUGUAUUUUUAAUAGAUUUAUUUAAUUUAGUUAUAGUGUGUUCCUAUAUUUGAUUUGUUUUAAAUAUUUAAUAUACACUGUCUUCCUUUC